CAGAAAAAAAAAACAUCCAGUAAAAGUGACUCAGUGUUGCAGGAUAUAAAAUAGAUGGCCCUGAGCCCCUUGUAUGUUGUCCUGUUUGUAGUGCUUCUAGGACAGACAUGCAGAGUACACGGACAAACUGUAACAUGCAAGUUCAGUGACUCCAUUUUGUCGAUGGGCACGUGCUUCCGGUACUUCUCAUUGCCAGUCACGUGGUACCAGGCAAAAACAAACUGUGCUUCUUUUAAUGGAGCCCUGGCAAUGUUAAACACUUCACAAGUGACCACUGCCUUAAAAAACUCGUUAUAUGGUGUUUCCGUUUGGUUUGGAGCUAACGAUAUUGAUGUUGAAGGCACUUGGAUCUGGGACCACAACAAACAGUCGGCCUAUCCGAUGGCAUCAGGAAGCUUGUGGGCCUCCGGGGAACCGAGCGGAACUCUUAGCACUUGGGACUGUGGCGACAUUUACGUCGGCCUAAGCACGCCUUAUAAGGCUUACUCGGACUCCUGUGGACUACUUAAUCCCUAUCUAUGCAUGGAAAUACCUUUACCAACAACCACAACCACUGUAACGACAACUACGCCGACCACAACCACUACACCAACAACCACUACAACUAAAACAACCACAACGACUUCAACUACAACAACCUCGACAACCACUACAACGCCAACAACCACUACCACCUCGACAACCACCACUAAACCAACAACCACCACUAAACCAACAACCACUACUACGCCAACAACUACUACUACGCCAACAACUACUACUACGCCAACAACCACAACAUCAACAACUACUACUACACCGACAACCACUACUACACCAACAACUAGUACUACGCUUACAACAACAACACCAACAACCUCGACUACACCAACAACUACUACAACACCAACAACCUCGACUACACCAACAACCACUACUACACCAACAACCACUACUUCAGCAACAACCACUACUACACCGACAACAACUACUACUACACCGACAACAACCACUACCUCCUUUUUAACACUGACAACACCACAAGCUACCUUCACUUCACCAACAACAACUUCCAGCCCAGAAACCACAACAUCUACUACAACUACAGAAAUAUACAGCACCACAGAGAUUCAAAUGACAGAAGAAAUUAUGUCAUCUGAAACAACGCUGACAUUGGAUAAAACAACUCCUGCUUUGACAGAAACAACUCCUGAAGUAACUGAAACAACUUUUGAAGUAACUGAAACAACUCCUGAAGUAAUUGAAAAAACUCCUGAAGUAACUGAAACAACUCCGGAAAUAACUGAAACAACUCCUGAAGUAACUGAAACAACUCCGGAAGUAACUGAAACUCCAAAAGUGGCAGAAUCAACCGAAGAAUUUCACGAGAGUAACAUAGCAGUGGACUUGAGGCCCAUCCCUCUGGCCACCUCAAAGCCGGAACCUCCAGCUACUAGAAGAACAAUUUACACUGGCGGUGUAGCAGACAUCAAAGCCCCCACUUUCGUUAUCUCUCUUCCUGCUAUUGUCGUUAUCAUUCUUUUUCGACUCAAAGAAAUCUUGAGUUAAAUGGCUUUCUUUUAUUUUUUGGUAGGUGUUCUUUAAGCAUCCAUUGAAGCUUUUCAUUUUUCGUUCAUGUCGAACAAACUCUAUAUUUAGCUAGCUUUGCUGGUGUAUCCCGUGUACAAAGAAAAAUAAACGCUAUUAGAUUUGUGUGGUCUGUCUGUCCAUUCGUCCGUCCGUCCAUUUCGUUUAGAUCUUGUAAACUAGAAAAGAUAUUGAAAAUCCGACAAUGAUAUUUUAGACCUUUCAAAGUUCUAAUGCAAUGGCUUCUUUUUUUCUUUCUGUUCUUUUUUAGUUUUUCUGUUUGUAGCACGAACUUAUUUCAACAUGAAGGAAAUUUAGACUUUACUUUAUCACAGUGUCGCAGCUAUAAAAUUAUUUUCAAAUCAACAUUCAACACCCGGAUGUAAUUUUGCAUUAAAAAAAUGUUGGGCCAGUACAUUAGGUAACGAAAUUACACUUCCAGUUUUUGCUUAUGUGUGCUGUAUAUAGUUAGGAUUGCUGAGGUUCAGUUUAGUGUUGUAGAUAUCCAGUUUUAUUGUGGUAAAUGUCUAAUAAAUGUGCCAAGUAAAAUGUCUAUACAUCUUUUUUAUCUCAAUCUCUGUGUAUUGGGGAAUUUCACAGAAAUGCAAACAAAUGCCAAGGUCGGUAAAAAGAAAUUCAGUAUUGGCAUCUAAGGAUAAGAUCUCCAAGCUUUCAACUUUACACAUAAAUAAUGCAAAAGUUAUUUCCCUUCUUCGAUAUCAAACAAUUUGAUUAAAUUACUAAUAAUUUAUAGACAGAUCGGUUAAUAUUUAAAUUGAUUCAUGUUUUGUGGGUAGAAUAAAAAAUUGUUUAAAGUUUAAUUAAUUACUGUAAAUAAUUUUUAUUGUUUGAUACCAACUAGACUCUUUCUUGAGAAAUUAAUCCUUCACUAUAAAGCUAUAUAGGUAAAUAUGUGGGGUUUAUGACCCUCAUAGACACAAGUUAUUUCUCCUAGUAGGAUCAACUUGAAACUUUUCACAAUAAUUUAUUGUACCUAGCAAAAUAUGAAUUAAUUGAAACAUUAACUAAUUAUUCAAUUAAUUAUUUGUAAUUUAUUAUUUUGUUUAUUUUUCCCCUUAGAGAGGCUUUAAAUAUUUAAAAUUUUUUUUUUUAUAUAUUUUGCAAUUGUAAUAUUUAGCUCCAUUUAUGAAACUCCGUGAGCCAAGUUGAGACCAAUGCUGUUCACUCUGAGGCUCAUCUGUACAUAGGACUGACUGCAGUUGACGCUUCAGUACCAGUUCUUGUAACGCGAACGUGUUGGACUGACCGGCGUUGAUUUCUUACUGAAACUCUGUUGAUGCAACAAAGUAAAUGCACACUAUUGAAGACACUUUCAUGUGUAUUAUAUUCAUUACAUACAAGACCUAAAUAAACUCAUGAUUUUUUUUAACGCGAGGACAAUAAAAUUUGUCGUCGGCAUAACACAAAGGGAGAAUAUACUUUAAACAUGAGAAAAGAUGUAUCGAAUUUAUUACAAUAUUAAGCAUGUCAUCAUGGAGGGCUAUAGGCAUAGGCAAACUACGCCGACCACCUGGUGCCUUCCUCACACAUGCCUUUUUUUUUUUUUUGCGAAACAAACUUUACAGAACUCUAUGGCUUUAUGUCUACUAGCCUAGUUCUAAGUCUCUAUUAUGAUCUAAGGUAUAUUCGUGAAUGUUUAGAUCCACUUGUUAGAUGACUUAUGUUAGAAGACCAUUGUUUCUUCCUUUUGGUGAAAUGUCAAAACAUUAUUUCUAAUCUGGUGAUCAUGAAUCAUUCGUGUGAUACAUUGGCCCUAUUGUCGUUAUAUGAAUGCAGCUCAUUAGUCGAUUUAGAUCUAGAGACAGAAUGGUUUACGAUUCUUUGCGUAUUUUAGGUCGGAAUUUUUUUCUAUUUCAUUUGGCGCCACCAAAUUCACUUCGCCUUGGGCUUCCGAUUACCUAAGUCUGGCCCUAAUAUUACUAUAUAAUAAAAGAAGUUUUAUUUUACACACAGAGUUUUUAUUUCUAGUAGACCACAAC